AUGGCAGCUCCCAAGUCCAGUCAACGGGCCAGGAAAAAUGACCCUGUGAUGACUGAGGAGGAAAGAGAACGAGAGAAGGAGGAGAAAAAAACGCGCAAUCGCCUUUCACAACAGGCGUUUCGUCGCAGGACUAAGGAGCAAAUCAGAGAACUAGCAAGCCUUCGUAAUGAACUGCAGAAAGAAGAAAGCGAGCGCGUCAAGGCCUACCAGCGAGAAAAUCGUCUUCUGCGGCAAAAGCUUGUACAGGUCCAGGCUGACCUGUCGAGGCAUCUUGCAUCGAUAAAGGCCAUGUGUAAUUCGGUUUCGGCGACGCUUGAUGAGGCAGAUGAGGAAGUUGUCUCUAUGACAGGACCCUUCUCCAGCACACCGACUCAGGGACUCUCUGUUUCUGGGCCAUCCUCUUUUACGCCUACGGUGUUUGGCCCUGCCCCUCCUCUCGAACCUAACUCUUUCGCCAUGCAGAACGCUGUCCCAGACGCACAAUGCCCAACGUCUGCCGAACUCGUCAACGGCGCCGGAACUAGUCCUUUCUACGCUCAACUGCCGGGAAUCUGGAGUCACAGGUACCAAAUGGGACCAGAGCCUUAUUUUGACGCCAUGAGUGCGACUCAAGAAGCGAGCAUGAUCUUGGGCAAGGACUUUCAUUGGACCAACUCGCCCUUUUCGGACCAUAUUCAACUUCUUCAGCGGCUUUUAUUAACAAAACUAAACGGUCUUGGCUUUGCGGCAGGCGGUCAUUAUCCGGUCCAGGGUAUCUAUCAACCCGUCCUCAUGGCUUUGUCUCUAUUCAAUAGCAUGACACGACCUGACGUCAUGGCCUGGUACGCCAAAACUCGCUUCUAUCACAUCAUCGAACUCACAGCUUGGCAAUUAUUCCCUUCCAUCGCGACAUACAACAAGCUGCACCCGAGAUAUCAACCGACCCCGAUCCAGCUGGAGCAUCAACACCCAUUAGUCAUCGACUGGAUACCCUUCCCAGCGCUCCGAGACCAGCUCGUGAAGCAUCAUUCGGCCAAUCCCGAUAUCGACCAGAUCUUUUGCGAUGCAGUGACGGGAUACGUGGUUGAGACGCCUAUGGCUACUCUUGUACAAGGAGCUCCCCUGGCCACGGCGUACAUCCGCGUUACGGACCUAAUCACGGCCAUGGAUGCUGACAUGCCUGGAAAUGAUGCGGCAAUGGCGACACUGCCUGCCCCUAACGUUGCGACGCUGUUCUCUUCUCCGGCAUAUGCCCGCGCCGCCUUUCGGAAACUCAACAUGGACAAAGGUGCUGGAUACUACAAGAUCGAUCCUGCGUUCUUUCAUAAAUACCCAGAACUACGUCCUGGGUCGGGCGACCUUGUAGCAAUGGGCAUACCUCUCAAACCCAAGCAGCAAAACAUCUUGACGUAUCCAAAACCUCUGGACCCGACGACCGUCCAGACAUACCGCAGCUUCAUCGACUUUUCCAUCGACGCCGCCAACACAAUCUCAUCAACAAGCAUCCCGGCUUUAUCAUUCAGCAAGAUGCCGUCCGAAGUCGCUACAACAGCUUUUCGCUAUAGCUUCACCGAUGACUACAGCGAGGGAGCUCAUCCAGCUUUGCUCAAGGCAUUGAUAGCCAGCAACGAAUCUCAAGAGACGGGAUACGGCCACGACACCUACUCCGACCUCGCCCGACAAAGGAUCCGCUUUCAUCUUGGCCGUGACGAUGUCGGCAUCUUUUUUGUGCCAAGCGGAACGUCAGCCAAUGCCAUCUCCAUCGCCGCGUGCUUGCGACCGCACGAGGCUGUCAUAGCUGCCAGUUCAGGACACAUCGUCACCAGAGAGACUGGUGCAGUCGAGGCCAGCGGACACAAGAUCAUCAACGUCGAGCCACGCAACGGAAAGUUGACACCCGAGUCGAUCGAACGAGCCCUUGAAGAUAACUGGCACUUUCCUCACAUGGCCAAGCCCCGGCUGGUAUACAUCUCUAAUGCUACCGAGUUUGGGACGAUAUAUACCAGGAGGGAGCUUGCUGCCAUCAAGCUGGUCUGCGAGGAGCGUGGGCUCAUCUUGUUCCUCGAUGGUGCACGCAUCGGGGCUGCACUUACGUCUAAAAGCAACGAUAUGACACUACAGGAUGUCAUGGAGUUGACCGACAUCUUUUGGAUCGGAGGUACCAAGAAUGGUGCACUCCUCGGUGAAGCUGUGGUGGUUAAGGAUGCCCAACUGGCAACCGACUUUGAGUUCUACGUGAAACAGCACGGUUCCCUACUCGCCAAGGGUCGCAUCAUCGGUGCACAGUUUGCAGAACUCUUCAAGGAGAACCUCUACUUUGACCUCGCACGGGGAGCUAACCUAGCAGCCGAGAGGCUCUCCAGGGGCAUCUCCAAGGCGGGAUACUCAGUGCACGCCGUGACGGAGACCAACCAGGUGUUUGCAGUCCUUCCUCUCGGCUUGAUAAAGAUGCUGCAGAAGCACUUUACGUUUUACGUGUGGGAGAAAUGGGGAGACGAUGAGGCGAUCAUUCGGCUGUUGACGACGUGGGCGACGGACUCGACGCAGGUAGAGAUAUUCGUUGGGCUGGUGAAUGACUGGGCAAAAUGA